CGAGGAGGAGGAAAACAGUUGAAGGCAGCAGGAGAAAGGGAGACGGAGGGGGCUGAAGUUGGGCUGCGGCCGCUUCCCAGAGCUGAUUUCCCGCUACGACCGUCUGUGAUAAAUACAACCACACCGUGUGUUUUAUUAUUUUACGUGUGGUGAGGUAAUAGUGGGCUUAUCAUCUGCAGAAGCUGGAAGUCGACAUGAUGGAGGAGUCGGUGAGCGCCUUUGAGACGCAUCUCACGGCGGUUAUGGACAGCCUGAUCCGCGCCUCGGUGUGUGAGAUCAGCAAGCUGUUCCAGGAGGCCGUGAGCGACUACCUGGUGGAGCUGUCUCUCAACAGGAAGGAGAACGAGGCUCUGAAGCUGCGGCUCAAGCUCACCGAGAGCAAGCUGAGGACCGAGCGGAAGUACGGCAUGGGCUGGGCGGCCAACCGCCGCAACGCCGGGCUGGCGGCGGCAGAGGAGCUUGGAGGAAGGCAGAAACGGAAAGUUGACAUCGCCCGAGGCAAGCAGAAGAAGGUCCCAUCAGCAGCCCAUGGCAAAGAAUGGCCUGGAGGUGUGUGGGAGGAAGGAGGAGGUGGCGGAAGCAGUGGGGGAGGAGGAGGAACUGGAGCUUUAGGCCUAGUAACAGCAGCAGGAGAAAGAGGGGGGAAGGAGGCCAGGGAGGCGUACCAUGUCCAGUUCCCCAGGGAUGAGGAGGAGGAGGAAGAGAUGGUGGAGGACGAGGACGGGGAGGGCAGCUUCACCGGUGAGGGGGAGGAGAAUGCCAACAUCAAAGAGGAGUUUUCUCAGACUGAAGGCUAUCAGCCAGCUUCUCUGAGGCUCAUAAAGGAGGCUUUGAAGAUGAAUCCACCCAGCCAGAACCUCCACUGUGGCUCAAAACCCUCGAGUGAAGACCUCACAGAUCGCCCUCCAACUCUUCAUCAGAAAGGAGAGGAGGACUGGGCUCUGAACCGUCCUGAACCAUCAGCUGGAGGCAUGACAAUGGAUGAGCUUCGAGGUCUGGAAUCUGCGCUGAGAGCUGAGAGAGGCCGCGAGCAGGCCACCGGUACAACACGGAGCGACAGCGAGGUGACACAAGGGAAUGAGACAAGCGUGGCUCCGAAGUACAUUGGACUGGAUGGACUGGAACAGGAAGAAGAACUGGAUCCUAAGCCUCCUGCUCUGCAGAGGGAGAAUUGUGUUGUGCAAGCUGCUUUGAAAGAUGUGAGGGCUGAAGGCGUGGAUGGGUUGGAGCUAAAGCUAGCCUGGUCGAAGAAGCUGAGAGAGGCAGACUGUGCUGUUGUAAAGCCUGUAGAGGGUUCUGUAGAGCAGGCAGAGUCAGAGCAGCUGCAUCAUCUGUCUGCUCCUGGAAGCGUUGAGGAGAGCGGAGAAGAAGAGGGUGGAGGAGAUCUGCUCCACUUCUGUCCACAUUGUGGAGGAGGCUUCACUUCAGAGGCGGAGCUAGAUGAGCAUCCGUGUCCACUAGGUGUCGCCCAUCUACAGGGCAGCGGAGCAGAGGGGGGCCUCUUCCCCUGUGCCCACUGUGGCAACACUUUCAGCCAUGCCUGGGCCCUCAAAAACCACGAGUGCGCCUGCGCUGCUGAGCGACCGCACUGCUGCGAGAUCUGCGGGAAGCGUUUCACACACUCGCGGUCCCUAGAACGCCAUCACCUGGUGCACACAGGCGAGAGGCCACAUCGCUGCCCGCAAUGUGGUCGCUGCUUCAGUCGUCUAGGCAACCUGGAGAGGCACCAGCGAAUCCACACGGGGGAACGUCCAUACGGAUGCGAGGCCUGCGGGAAACGCUUCAGCCGUGUGGAGUAUUUAAAAAGACACCAGCUGAUUCACAACAGUGAGAAGCCAACACUGCAGUGCUCCAACUGUGGGAGGAGCUUCUUUGAUGUGGAGGAGCUGAAGAACCAUCAGUGCUUUUAGAGCCUCCCUUUAAGAACCUCAAACUCUGUAGAAAGUUGGAGUUGGCGAACGAACACGACUGCGUUACUCUGUGAUAACGUUAUAGGUGCACCUGGGUGAUUUUUGCUGGCAAGAAAUCAACUCAAAAAGUCGUAUUGUUGCAGGUCAUUAAAAUAUCUGCUGUUUUUCUGUGGAAAUGUGUAAAAUCAGAAAAUAUUUAUAAGAAAGACUACAUUGUUAGUUUUCAUUAUUUUAGCAAUAAUUCACUUGUAUUUAGUACCAGUUCCUUUCCUGCCAAUUUAACUGACCGUUUUGUAGGCUUUGUAUUUUGUAUCUUUGUGUUUUGGUCACUGGUAAAAAAAAUAAACGUUUU